UAUCUUGUUUCCGGAAAUGUCUUGUGAUCGUGAGGGUAAUUCUUUACUGAUGGUCACAUGAUUGAUUUACGCUUUAUCGCACUGAAAGAACACUUGUAAUCGAGCGCUGUCAAGUGUGUCUACUUUAUCAACAGUGAUACACUUCUUUACAUAACACUGACACGCUGAUAAGGUACCGGAGAUAUGGGCACGGGUCAGUUUUCUUUACUUUCGUUUUGUCUCCAAUGGCUGCUGCCAGUGUUUGUUUACGUACACAGCGUGGACGCAUACAUGCAAUUUCAGCACCCAGACUUCGAGACAAUGAAUAUUGGCGGGAUUAAAGUCCCGCUAUAUUCAAGAGGUCACGAAAAUGAUAUGAUGACAAAUAUGAACUCUUACAUGAAACAAGGAGGUUUGGCGGAAAUGUUUCGACAGUAUUCGGAACCAUCAAAUGCGGGUGAUGCUUCAAUAUGCUUUCAGGGGAUAUCUGCCGAGUGUUGUAAUGACACCCUCCAAUUUCUUAGUGAUCUGAGUCAAGGGCAGUUGUAUGCUGAACAGAUGAUUGACUCUGCUGGAAAGCUACCUAGUGGAGUGAUGCAGGGCAAGCUGGCAUGGAUUGGUAGCUAUGAUGAAUGUAUCGAUAUCCUGUCGCCGGCUAACAAUCGUACAGGACGACAGAUUAGUGGAAAAUACUGUAUGGGUGCAACUGCAACAGGGAUUCCAGGUCGACUCCUGAUGAAUGGUGUAUGUGUGCCUCACUCUUGCACAGCCAAAGACCUCAACAUUUGGGUUUACGUUAUCUAUGCUAUUGCAAAGGAGCCUGUCCAGACCUAUAUGUCGUGUGAGGAACCAAUGUUGCUUACUACAGGAGCCAAAGCUGCUUUGGCUGUUUGUGGUAUAAUCGCUUUCUUGGUUGCCAUGGGAACCUUGGUUGACCUUGUGAUGACCUACGCUGAGAAAAGGAAAAAAUCAGAGAUCUUUGAUUUUAGUGGCAAUGACAACUUAAAUGAGAAUAGUGAAGCAAACGAAAGAACAGGUUUACUCUCUCACCCAGCAUCACACCAGAGGCAGGUCCAAGACCAACUACUGGACCCACCCCAACCCAGUAGGCAAAGAGUAAAGAUUUGUCAGGUGAUGGUAUCCUUCUCCAUACUGACCAACACGAGAAAACUGCUGACCACGUCCACCGCCACCGGCCAUCUGACCUCUCUCAACGGUAUGCGUGUGCUGAGUAUGUGGUGGAUUAUCCUCGGACAUACCUACCUCUUUGCCAGUUUAUCAAUGACUGCCGAUAAUGUUGUAGAAGCAGGAAAGUAUAUACAGCGGUUCAGCUUCCAGGCGAUCCUCAAUGGAACGGUAUCCGUGGAUACCUUCUUCUUUAUGAGUGGCCUGCUGGUGACCUACUUGUUUUUGAAGAACAGACGUGAAAACGCUGGCUGCUUUAACUGGGUGUUGUUCUACUUCCAUCGAUUCUGGCGACUGACACCAGUGUAUGCCUUCUGUAUCAUGGUGUGGGGGGUGCUGUUCUUUUACACCCUGAGGGGGCCAGUGAUGGUGUGGCGGACCUCCCCACAAAUGGAGUCGAUGAUGAACGAAUGCUCCAAGUCGUGGUGGGCGAACCUCCUCUAUAUAAACAACUACUACCCGUACAGUGGCGACAUUAACCAACAGUGUAUGGGAUGGUCCUGGUAUUUAGCCAAUGAUAUGCAGUUUUACAUCAUCAGUCCCUUCAUCCUCAUACUGUUGUAUCGGUAUCGGAAAAUUGGCUUUGUGGUGUGUGGAUUUCUGAUAGGAGCUUGUAUAUUCAUCCGUGCGAUGACUGCUUUCGAAUUUGGAAUGCAUGUGCCAGUCCAAACAGUGACAAAGCACACAGAUAACUAUUAUGGCCAGCACGCCCCGCUUUACAACAAGAUGUACACACGUAUCGCUCCCUACAUCGUGGGAAUGCUCCUCGGCUACGUUCUACACAGGACAGACUGCAGAGUGAGGAUGUCUAAGGGGAAGGUUUUGCUUGGAUGGGCUGUUGCCAUAGCGACAGGAUUGUCUGUUGUAUAUGGUCUCUAUGACUACUAUCACAAUAGUUACAAUGCAUCAUUGGCAACAAGUGUGAUUUACUUGGCCUUCAAUCGCGUUGCGUGGAGUCUCGCCCUGGCCUGGGUUGUAUUUGCCUGUGCUACUGGAUAUGGAGGUCUGGUAAACUCUCUCCUGUCGUGGAGCGCGUGGGCUCCUCUGGGACGUCUGACGUACUGCGCCUAUCUGAUACAUCCUAUUGUGAUGGAGUAUAUCUUCAACCAGCCGUCCUCGUACUUCAUCUCUGAUGUCAACAUGAUCUGCUAUUUCAUCGGUAUUUUGGUUCUGUCCUACGCUGCUGCAUACAUCGUAUCUAUGGCAGUAGAGGCUCCGAUGAUUGGUCUGGAAAAAAUCCUCAUACCGCUCCUGAAGAACCGUGUUAUCAGAUGUUCAAGCUUUUCCUCCUGAUUCACUUUCGUUAUAAGAGAAAAUCAAGACAAUUUCCAUCUGAGUUUUAGCCUGUAUUAUGUAACAAAUUAAGGUCAAUCUUCAAUUUCAUUGUACAGAUAUUUUUGAAAUCAUUAAAAUUGUAAGCAAAAUAAACAUGUGUAUGAUAUUCAAAACCAUACAAUCAGAUAAUAUACACAAAAACACAGUGUCAUAAUAUUUCUGAACUUUAUUUUCAGAAGAAAUUAAUUUGAACAUUUGACUUCUAUAGUUUGACUUAUGUAAUCAAGUUAAUUAAUUCAAAUCAUCUGAAUAAAUUUAUAUGCUGAUGUCCUGAUUUUGAAUAUGAAAUUUAACAAUAAUCUGAAUUAAAAUGUAUCAUUUUUAUGUAUUUUAUUUUUAGAAAUAAUAAUACAAUCAGUCAUGUAAUAAUAACAUGUUUUCAACUUCUAAAGAUCAUUUGAAGAAACACGAUUUUUAUGAUGAAAGUCAAAAAUCUAUACGAACAUGUCUUUAUAGCAUACCUUUUUGUUUUUAAAUUCAAAAGGAAAGUGAUUUUAAAUGUAUAUAAAUUUUAGAUAAAUCUGAACUCUCAGAUUCUAUCAUUUGAAUGCACAAAAUUUGCAUAUCAUAUAUAGCUUUCAUAAUUAUUUGUAAAAUAACUGGAAUAAUAUAUAUAAUUAUAUUUAUAUACAUAAUUCAAAUAAUCAAUUGAAUUUUGAUAGAAAAUAUUAUACAGUGACUUGAUAAUUACAUUCCAUCGAAAACAAAUUGUUUAUUGUAUAUUUUAUACAUUGAUACAGAAAUGUUGUACCAUGUAAACAGAAAACCAUCAAUCAUGUUCAAAUGUAAACAAUUAAUUGAAAGCUUAACCUGUGUUAUUGUGAAACCUGUUUAAUCAGACGUUCAAUCAUGUUCAAAUGUAAACAGUUAAUUGUAAGCUUAACCUGUGUUAUUGUGAAACCUGUAUAAUCAGACCUUCAAUCAUGUCCAAAUGUAAACAUUAUUGGUAAGCUUUACCUGUAUUGGAAAACCAAGAUGGAUGGCAGGUGGUCAUAUUGAACUUGGGAGUAACAGAUUUUUAGCCCUAUUGCUCAAAAAGCAUUGGAGGGAUCUUUUUCAAAUUUCACAUAAGGGUUCCUCUUGGUUCUUAAUUUUUGGACUGAUCUGAAAACCAAGAUGCAAACAGGUGGCCAUCUUGCUACAGUUUAAGUUUGUUAUCAGUAUUUCUCAGAAUGUUUUGGAAGACUUGGUCCUGAGUUGUAUGUGCAUGUUAACUUCUGAGGUUGAUCAAAAGACUGAUUAAGAUGGCGGACAGGCAAACUGAUCAAACUGACAUAGAACUAACGAAGAUGGUACAAUGGUGGGCACCUCUGGGAUCUCUUGUUAAAUGAAUCAGAAUUGAAUAAGCUGAAUGUUUUUGACCUCGGGACUUAUUUCAGGACUAUGUUGGCCCUCAGGGCUUAUUUCAGGAUAAUGUUGGCCGUCUGGACUUACAAUGUAUUUCAGGAUUAUGUUGGCCCUAUGGUCUUGUUUCAGGAUUAAGUUGGCCCUCUGGACUUGUUUAAGGAUAAUGUUGGCCCUCUGGACUUAUUUCAGGAUAAUGUUGGCCCUCAGGGCUUAUUUCAGGAUUAUGUUGGCCCUAUGGUCUUGUUUCAGGAUUAAGUUGGCCCUCUCGACUUAUUUCAGGAUUAUGUUGGCCCUCUGGACUUAUUUCAGGAUUAUGUUGGCACUCUGGACUUAUUUCAGGUUAAUGUUGGCCCUCUGGACUUAUUUCAGGAUUAUGUUGGCCCUCUGGACUUAUUUCAGGACUACAUUUGUCCUUAUGCCUCAGUUGGGAUUAUGUUACAGAAUCUUAGCUCUCGACUGAGAUAACCCGACCUCGCUCAGUUACAGGUAAUACAUUUUAUUAGUGUGUCUUACAUUGCUAGUGCCUUUAAAUGAAAUUAAUGUACAUAUAUUAACCAGGAACAACUUAUUAUUUCACGAUUUACCUUUACAAAGUUUUUGUUGUGACAGAUUUUAAUAGUACGUAGGAUUACGGUCGCCUUCUAGCUUCGAGCUCUAAGGUCUAAUUUCCCUUUAGCUCAGUGGUACAAUCCAACUAGGAACCUAGGGGUCACGGGUUCAAUCCCAGGUGGAAGCACACUAUUUUCCAGGAUAAAGUCUUAAUUCUACAAUAUACUUUCCAUAAAGAUGUCUUUUUUCAGCAAAUUAGAAACGUUAAUUUGAAUUCAAUAUGAAUUCAGAAUAUGGAAAUUGCUGUCAGGUUUUUGCUUUGGAAUACUUGUUGACCCAUAAUUUUCUCAUGUCCAAAGUUUUGUACCAAGGACAGAAUCAGAUGGGACAGAGACUACUUCAGUCCUCAUGAAGAUUCGUCUAUGUUCGAUGAUAUAUCAAGCUUGUUGUAUUUGAUACAGAUACAGACUAUGUCCUCAAUUGUUGUAUUAUUCUUUAAGCAUUAUUUUUAUUUGUUAGCAGUAUCUGGUACAUAUGCAAGACCACACACUUGUGUUUUUCUAACGAAUUAGA